CACUCUCGUCUCUUUUUUCCCGUGUCAGUUUGUUAUAUAAUCUCUUGCACUUGCUAGCUUUCUGAAUACACCUACCUUAUUUAGUACACAACGACAUCAAAACCUUAAUAACUAAAUUCAAACUUCGAGUUACAAUGGUGGUGGCUGGUGCGUCUUCGUUGAAUGAGAUCAGACAGGCUCAGAGAGCAGAUGGACCCGCAGGCAUCUUGGCGAUAGGCACUGCUAACCCUGAGAACCAUGUGCUUCAGGCGGAGUAUCCAGACUACUACUUCCGCAUCACCAACAGUGAACACAUGACCGACCUCAAGGAGAAGUUCAAGCGCAUGUGCGACAAGUCAACAAUAAGGAAACGCCAUAUGUAUCUGACGGAGGAGUUCCUCAAGGAAAACCCUCACAUGUGCGCUUACAUGGCUCCUUCCCUUGACACCCGACAGGACAUCGUGGUGGUUGAAGUCCCUAAGCUAGGCAAAGAAGCUGCAGUGAAGGCCAUCAAAGAAUGGGGUCAGCCUAAGUCCAAGAUCACUCACGUCGUCUUCUGCACUACCUCCGGUGUUGACAUGCCUGGUGCUGACUACCAGCUCACCAAGCUCCUUGGUCUUCGUCCUUCCGUCAAGCGUCUUAUGAUGUACCAGCAAGGUUGCUUCGCCGGCGGUACUGUUCUCCGUAUCGCUAAGGAUCUCGCCGAGAACAACCGCGGUGCUCGUGUGCUUGUUGUCUGCUCUGAGAUCACUGCGGUCACUUUCCGUGGCCCCUCUGACACCCACCUCGACUCUCUCGUCGGUCAGGCUCUAUUCAGUGACGGCGCCGCCGCACUCAUUGUGGGUUCAGACCCCGACACCUCCGCUGGAGAGAAACCCAUCUUCGAGAUGGUGUCUGCUGCACAGACCAUCCUCCCAGACUCUGACGGAGCCAUUGAUGGACACUUGAGGGAAGUGGGUCUCACCUUCCAUCUCCUCAAGGACGUUCCCGGCCUCAUCUCAAAGAACAUAGUGAAGAGUCUAGACGAAGCAUUUAAACCGCUGGGGAUAAGUGACUGGAACUCUCUCUUCUGGAUAGCUCACCCUGGGGGUCCAGCGAUCUUGGACCAGGUGGAGCUAAAGCUUGGUCUCAAGGAAGAGAAGAUGAGGGCCACGCGCCACGUUUUGAGCGAAUUCGGAAAUAUGUCAAGUGCAUGCGUUCUCUUUAUUCUAGAUGAGAUGAGGAGGAAGUCAGCUAAGGAUGGUGUGGCCACAACAGGAGAAGGGUUGGAGUGGGGUGUCCUGUUUGGUUUCGGACCAGGUCUCACUGUUGAGACAGUCGUCUUGCACAGCGUUCCUCUCUAAAGAGAACGCUUUCCUCCUAUCUACCUACCUGCUACCUCUACAUAAUUAAACUUUAAUCCUGUCUUUUGUUAUAUUAUAUAUGUUAAUGCAAUAAUUAAGGAAGAAUUUAUUUGAUGUGAUAUGUGAAAUGUGAUAUGUGUGCUAGACAAGUCUAUUCGAAUUCGACUAUUUUUGUAUCUUC